UUCGAAUGCUGGAGAGGACAUCAGACAGCUCAAGUGGGUCCAUCAUGAGAAUUCCACUAAGUUCACUUUUACCUGCAGUUCUCCUGACCACUGGGUCUUUGAUUAGUCUAUCAUGUGCUAGUCCUUUCGUAAAAACGAAGGAAUUAGCUGGAACAGAACAACAAAUACGUACGAUUGAAAUUGGACCGGAAUCAUCAGCUGUAGCGGCAGAACGAAUCUCCAAAUCAGUUGCUGAUGGCGAUAUUUCUCAGAUUUCGACCGAUGGGAGGAGUAGUAGGCUGCCAGAGCUAUUCGGUAGAAUGAGACGCUCUUCAGAUUCAAAGCCAAGCGAAAAACUCUGUAAAUGUGUAGACUCUAACAUUCAAUUCAAGGGCAAAGGAGUUCUCUUAAGAAUUAUUCGCGAUAUCGCGAAUUUCCUGAAGUGCGCUCAAACAACCCUAAACGACUUAAGCGAACUGAACUGGCCAGGCCAAGGGGGCAAAUCCUCCGAUGGUAAUGCAACAUCGACAGGUCCAAGUUUAGCAAAGCUACUACUUGAUGACUUGCCAUCACUACUGUUGUAUGUAUUGAAACAAUCGGAUGACAUGUCGAUUGUCAAUCAUGAAGGCCACAACAAGGAACCGAUCAAGAAGGGUGAUAAUGGUGGUGGUAUUGAUUAUCCAUAUAUGAGCUAUCAAGAUAGUGGUGACAAUGGUGCUGGUAAUGAUGGAAUUAAAGAGAAAAUAGAUCCCAAUGAGUCUAGCUCCGAUGAACUUCUCAAGUAUACCCUCUCAAAAAUGCUUCACUUACUAGGAAAGUUGUCGGGUGCCAAUAAUCAGCAAACCGUACUACUUGAGGAGUUCGAAAAAAAGAUAGAAAACCUUUCUUCUCAGGACAUUGAAAUGAUCGCAGCAAGAACCAACGUCACUGAUCCCAGGUGUAAGCUCAUGAUACAGAAGAAAAUUAAGACUAUUCGUUCGUUGUCUGCCCUUAGCCGAUCGAUUGUAAAUUGGCUUGGUGCUGUUACCGGUGCUUUGAACGAUCUACAUUCAUCAUUUAAUGAUCCAGGCCGUUUGUGCGCGAAACUUGAGGAUGAUAAUCCCACAUUGUCGCUAUUCAAUGUGAGCGGUCUUCUCACUGGAAAACUUCGUGACGCCUUGCAAUCAAGUUCAUCAUCGGGAGAACUUUGUUUACCCGUAGAUAAGUUCACCGCAUGGAUUUCUCAGCUAGUAGAAGAAUUUCCACAGUUGGGAGCCUCUGUACAGUCCCUACCUAUUCCAGGAUUACUAUCUGCAUCCUCUUCUGACUGCAAGUCAAGACCAUCAAUUAAAAUAUCAUAUAAAGAUUCAAAUACAUGUGGCCAAUCAGGUUCCAAGUCCGGACAGUCAGUUAAUUCCGCGGCUUCACCUAACGUUGAAUUGGUAAUCAACUCCUGUGAUAACAAAUCGCCGAAGAAUGAGAACAAUCCAUCGCCCGCAACACCGGGAUCAGCACCGUUACCGUCCAAGGAUGAAGGUUCGUCUGCACCAGCCCCCUCAUCAAGCGAUUUGAAUCCACAACCUUUCGCAGGUUAUGAGAGCGAUGACGAUGACGAAUGAGCCGUUCUCUAACUCCGAUAGUCCGAUAGUUUAAACACGACGACAAUAUAUGAAGAUCUGCUAUUUACGAUUUAUCCUCGUUUAGAAGUCUGGUGGAGACGUUAGAACUUUCAUCCUCCAGCAUCCGGGACUAAAUCUCAGUGCUAUUCUGACUGCUCUACAAAUAUAGAAAAUUAGUAGUAUGUUUUACAAUUUGGGAUUGUCAUAUGAUGGUGCAAUUCUCUUAUUGGAAAAAUUAAGGAUACUUUUAGUGCCGCAGUUUCCAGUAGUUUCAUAAGUCAUAGAUGCUUGAUAACACGUAGUUCGUUAGCAGGCCAUAUAACUUAUCAUCAGAGAUCCAAUCUUCUUAACACGGCAAUGAAGGCUGUGAGAAUUCUAUUUUUGCAGAAUAAUUUCUUAAAACGAAAAAAAUGGUUUGAAGUUUUUGACUCUGAUCGUAAGUCACCUGGCUUGUCAGUUCACCAUUGUCAGUGAUAAUGAUUGUUCUGAAGUACUUAGAUUGCUCAUAAAUUUAGAUCAUAAUGUUACAGUAUUAAUUAUUGUUUAAUCAAUUCAGUUCCAACAAUGUCUGAAUAAAGCAUGAUGGUAUAAUGAA